AUGGGCAACCUGCUUUGUAAGUUUCGUUUCCCACCCCGUCGCCUUCCGAUGUCUGGCCGUGGUCGGCCCUUUCCCCCACCUUCUCCAGCCUUACCAGCUAGUUUAUACAUCCAGCCAAAGAGGCCGUACCCCAUCCUGCAGGCCGCAUGUACCCCUCUGGGGAUCCUUCCCUUGGUGAACUGGAGUAACUCUCCGAAAAAACCUGUGCUGUCUGCUCAUAAUUCCAUGAUGUUUGGACACUCCAGAGCCAAAAGGAUCCCUCCUCUGGGGCGCAAAUUCACUCUCCCACAUUCACUAUCUGAGAAGGUAGAGGAAGCUGUGGAGCCGGUACCAUCCAGGCACCUCCCACUUUCUUGCCCAUAUGGGGUGGAGGAGAAGGUCCAAGAAGAUCCUAGAAAAAACAUGGAGGAUCUUGUAGAGACCAAAGGGCAGAAUGGUGGGAACAGGGUCCCCCAUAACGUUGGGGACAUACCAUUAAAAUCUAGUCCCCUGGAGACCGGUGGGCUUCUCAGUUCCUCACAGUGCAGCCCCACACCUUUGGACCUCCAUCCUAAUCCUCCAGGAGACAGUUUGAGGGAGAACACCCAGAAGUCUCUGAUGAACUGCUGCCCUGAAGGCCACGUAGUCACCUCCUCACAUGGCCCAGCUGGAAAUGUCAUGCCUGACACAGAUGCUGCAGUGCUCCGCGACCCAACCCCAUGCUGCCCCUUACUGCAGGAGACAUCAACAAAGGAAGUGUCGGGUGAAAACCAUCAGCCUAUAGGGGACACAUCAUACCUAUCUAGGAAGGAGAUACAGGCUAAUGAGUCUUCAGGCAUCUCAUCAAGGAACUCUUUUUCCCCCGUAUCUGCCAGCAGUAGGCCCUGCAAAUGGAAAACAUCCACAUCACAUUCUCGGCCACUGCCACCGCCCCAGUUGUGAGGCCACGGCGAGUUGCCCCCACUUCCUAAGUUUCCUUGCAUAGCUAUUGACAAAAACCUGGACACCUUGAAGAAUACCAAACGUCAGAGGAAAAAGAUCUUGGAAGACAAAAGAGAGAUCAAAGAAGACUGCUCAGAUGCUCAGCCUGCCACUUCUUUAUCCCUACUUGCCUCAGAGACUGCUAACUCUCUGCUUUUGGAGAGUCACACUUUGCAAGUCCCUGUUCCUACUGAUGACUUGGCUGACCAAUCUGCCAAGUCCCCAAUUCCCUCUGUCCCUCCAUCUUUAACACCAAACAUUGGUCAGGAGACAGCACAGAUAGUUUCUAAAUCUUCUCCAGCUGUUCCUGCUGGUUUUGUUCCUCAUCUUAGUUCCAAUCUCAUUUGUGGAAUUCCUGUGAAGAAAGAAGGCCCUCUUCAGCCAGUCACUACUGUAACAUAUCUUAUUUCUGACAUCACCACACUUCCUAACACCUCAACCCCCUCCUUACAGCCACCCUCCUGCAACACAGAAUCCCCAGUGCCUAUGUGUGUAGAUUCCCCCCCUCCUAUCCUACCCGCCCCUCUUCCAAAUCCUUCUACACAUAGCCCUGUUUCAAUUGUCCAGCCCAUCAGUUCUAAGACAUUUGCUUCUACCAUCGUAGCCAAUGCAUCUACAUCUACCUCCAAGCUUACUUCAGGUCCUGGUGUAUUCCACAUGGACACCACUCCCCUUUCAAAGGCUGUUAUUUUCAGAUCUCCCCAAGAAUCCAGAAUGGGAGCUCCUUCAUUUCCCCAGGGCCAUUGCAGUUUGAAGCAGAGGUGCCCUGCAAAAUCUCCAGUUUUCACCAGCCCACCUGGAGAUCAGAAGACAGCCCUUCUCGCUAGUGUUGCUGUUUCCACUAGCUUGUCCCUUAUGGAUUCUGAGUCACCUCCACUCCAAGACAACACAGUGAAGGCAGGUUUGGCAGGUUCUGCAUCUAUUACUACACUCAGGAUCCAGCUGGCCUCGAGUGACAAGCCAGGCAUUCUGCCCAUUGGCGUAUCUACCACAACAGGCUUUGGAGUUGCCACGGGGAUGCCCAGCACCGGGGAUGGUGGCUCACCAUUAGCUGACAGUACUUCAGGCCAACAUGUGUUUUCGGGACCUGCAGCCCCUAUGGGCAGUGGUGUGUACAUCCCAGGCCCCACUCAUUCACAGGCAUCUGGAGCAUUCAACCUUGGGGCAGGACUGAACGGGGUACCAAGAACCAUUUCUGCUCCAACUUUAGGUCAGACAACCUGGAAUCGCUGUGGUGAUGGCAUGGCUGCUGGUAGAGGAAAAAAUACUGUCACAGUAUUUGGACAAAAUGCUAGUUCCACCUUGAAUCCAGGCACUUGGGGCCCACCCAUCCAAAACCCAGGUAGUGGAGCAGUGGGGCAGGGCUGCACUGUUCCCACAGGUGGAGACUCUACAGUCCCCACUACUCAUAAGUGCCCCGGGGGCUCAUCCCGACAGAGAAAACUUUCCUCAGGUAGAGGAGAUGCCACCAUGGAGAAGGGGACUAAGAGACCAGGCAGCUUCCCCCUUAAAUCUGAGCAGCAGGGAGCCAACCGUCAAAAACCCAGGUGAUGGAGUAGUGGGAGAGGGCCAUACAGUUCCGGCAGGUGGAGGCCGUCUUGUUAUUGUUAGCCAGAAGUGCACCUGGAAGCCAUGUAUACAAGAACUAAUUGCUUCGCGUGGAAGAGCCACUACCAAGCAGAAGACACAUGUAUCAAGAGGCGUGCGUGUUUACCCCCUACAGAGCCCCUCGGACUUGCCUAGCCACACUGCCUCUGCUGCAGUUGCAAGUGGCAGCACCAGCUCUAUGCUUGGACCCACUUGUAGUUCCACCGUCCUUCCACGCAAAUGCGGUCCUCCCACCCAGCAUACAGAUGGUAUGCAUGGAGGGGACAACGUGAUUCCCAUGAAUCCCAUUCUGUGUGAAUGUAGAACCUAGUAGUUCUUCACAUCAGAAUAAUUGUGGCCGACCCAAUACAAAUGCAGCAAGUGCCAUAGCAGAUGCAGACAGUAUCACAUCUGUGAUGGCAGGCCUCUAUGUCGGCACCCCCCAUAAUAACACUGGGAGCUCACUUACCCCUAACACAGGUGGUGCUCUGGGGAACAGCUCCAUGCCUGCUAUGACUGGAUACACUUAUGGUCCCUCAGCCACACAGAGCACAUGUACCCCCCAUCAGCACAGCGCUGGUGGUGCAAUGGGGGGUAGCACCAGGAAAUUUUAAACAGAACUUGGACUUGCCCUAGUCAGGUACUCCUCUGACUUUGGAAGAUCAAACACUGUGUGUUUCCUGGUCAACUGGGCCUGUGCUCUGGGCAUGACUGGAGCACCUUCAUAACCUGACUAGGACUUCACCUACAAAUUCCUUUCUUUUGUCAUGAAGAAGGACCUAAUAUUCCUCUGCAAAUUGGAUAUAACCAGAAAUCGACUUCUUUGCACAAGAAAGGAGCCCAACCCCUUUAAGUGAAACUUACACUGAUCUCUUCACACAGAAAGUGUGUACAUUGUGUGCAUACAUGUAUUUAUGUGUAUUUCUCUGCAUGUGCAUGUAUUGGAGGGCAAGGGGGACAUGAGCCCCAUUUAGAACUACACCAGAAAGACACCAGAUUCAAGAAGUUCUAGUGGAGAAUGGAAGAAAGCUACAUAAAUCAUCAACCGUGCCAUCCCUGGCAUGACUGUGAACUUGGCUGACCCAAGCUCUGGACCAGUUUUCUCUGGUCUUGGAAUGGGCAGGAUACCACUGCUGCCUGUAGGGGCUCCCUUUACCCCUACCUAUUUGCCUCCAUGGGACUUUAUCCUUCCCAUAUUGUGUACUUAAUGUACAUAAAACUUUGUUAUUAAUCUGUCUUCGCUCAUGUGUCUUUUUGACUCAGCAGUAGAGAAAGAAUUAAGCUGUGUGAGUGGUGAUGGGUUGAGCCAGACUUCACUAUGCUGAAUUUUCCACCUUGCAGUGACUGGGAUUUAGAAGUGGCCACAUGCUCUACCUGCACACACUGACUCCUACAAUCUUCAUUUUGAAUGUAAGGGAUGACAAUCCAAGAGGAAGUAAGGUCCAAAGGAGGGAGAGAUGAGGUGACUCACCCUUGCCUCUUCUCUCUGUGUUUCGCUCUUCUUU